AUGAACAAAUUUGAUUUAAUAACACAAAUAGUACAAAGUGUCUCUCACGUCCAUUCUUUUAUUUUUGAUUUUUCCCAACCUGCGUUGGAUCCGCAGCUUGUGAACCGGCUUUUGGAAGGGGUGGAGGCACCUACCUCGAAAGAUGGGGACCUCCUUUUAAAAAUGUAUGGAAUUGCGCCCGGAAAUGCACAGGCUUUGCUUUUUGAAAUCACAAAAAUGGUAGAAUUAUACAUGCGGCAGGCAUCAAUGGCUUUGCCACCUGCAUACGAUGUUACCUGGUUUUGUGACCAGUUUCUGGGCGUGGAUCCUGCUGAGAGUCUAAGGAAGACUUCCGUAGAUUUACAUUUCAAGGGGCGCGAAAGCUUCACUUGGAACGCGGGCUUUGUUAAUUUUUAUAACGAAAUAUGGAGGGACGAAAACUCCCCGCCGGGUAGCGCUGUAAGUGCUCCGAAUCCGCUUUUUUUGGAAAACCCAUUGGAUCAAUUUGCCAUUUACCCAAUAAUUGAUCUUCAUGUGGGCAAAUUUUAUUUUACAUUUACAAAUGCAGUCUUGUAUAUGCUUCUCACUGUCGUUUUGGUCGUUUUUCUGUUUUUUGUUGUUACGAAAAAGGGAGGUGGAAAGUCAGUGCCAAAUGCAUGGCAAUCCUUGGUCGAGCUUAUUUAUGAUUUCGUGCUGAACCUAGUAAACGAACAAAUAGGUGGUCUUUCCGGAAAUGUGAAACAAAAGUUUUUCCCUCGCAUCUCGGUCACUUUUACUUUUUCGUUAUUUCGUAAUCCCCAGGGUAUGAUACCCUUUAGCUUCACAGUGACAAGUCAUUUUCUCAUUACUUUGGCUCUUUCAUUUUCCAUUUUUAUAGGCAUUACGAUCAUUGGAUUUCAAAGACAUGGGCUUCAUUUUUUUAGCUUCUUAUUACCUGCAGGAGUCCCACUGCCGUUAGCACCUUUCUUAGUACUCCUUGAGCUAAUCUCUUAUUGUUUUCGUGCAUUAAGAUUAGGAAUACGUUUAUUUGCUAAUAUGAUGGCCGGUCAUAGUUUAGUAAAGAUUUUAAGUGGGUUUGCUUGGACUAUGCUAUUUCUGAAUAAUAUUUUCUAUUUCAUAGGAGAUCUUGGUCCCUUAUUUAUAGUUCUAGCAUUAACCGGUCUGGAAUUAGGUGUAGCUAUAUCACAAGCUCAUGUUUCUACGAUCUCAAUUUGUAUUUACUUGAAUGAUGCUACAAAUCUCCAUCAAAAUGAGUCAUUUCAUAAUUGAAUAAAAACGAGGAGCC